CACACGCACACAUACACACGCACACACACGUCUCCGGAGCAUCUCAGCAUGCUUCUCGCUCACUGUAGCAGCACUAGCACGCAGUAACAGAGCGUGGACGUGGAGGAAAGCUGCCCAAACCUUUAGAGAACAAUGAAUGCGGGCUGAUUUCACAGAGCCUGGCUGGAUUACAAAGGAAUGGCAUCAAGCCAAUAGGAAAUCAGCUGAGGCCUUCUUCUGAGCUCUCUCCUGUUAGGAACAGGGCUGCUGAGAAAUGAAGGCCAGCAUGAAGCAGUGGCGGUUGGCGCUUGGGCUCAUGCUCACCUGGGCGCUGCUCUUCCUUGCCCUUUUCUCGUACUUCAUGGAGUCACGUGUGGAUGAAGCCAUGGCUCUCUCACACGCCGAUACACGCCGCCUCACCUCUGUGCAGGGCAACACUCGCAGCGUGGUGAUGAUCUCUCGCCAGGCUUUGCCUGUCACUUCAGCAUCCACAACCUCCAGAGCUCAAAAGGAGCAGAUGCCCGACAGCGAGCAGGACACCUACGUUUACCCAGAUGCCCAUAACCUAGCAACAUGGUCUGUGAGCUCACGGUCAGGCACUGAAACCCAUAUUCAGGGAAAACAGGAAAGCAAUCAAACCAAUGAACUGCUGGAAGAGGAGGAUGAGGAAGAGGGAAUGAUUGAUGAGGAGGCCAAGAGCAGAACAGAAACCAACAGCUGGUUUGACUCCAAUCCAGAGGAGUUCUACCCCUCCAAGUCAAAGUCAGUGGUGCAGCGUUUAUGGCAGGGCAGUGCCUCCGUGGACAUGCUCAGUCCGCGCUUACAGAAGGCAGUAAAAGACUACAUGAGCACUAAUAAACACGGAGUGUCCUACAGGGGGCGGCGAAGUGCUCGGGUAAGUAAGAAACGCCUUCUGUGUGAGAUGAAGAGGAAGGUCAAAGUGAUGACAGUGGAUGGAGAAGAGCUACCAUUCUCUUCACUGGGCUGGCAGAAGAUUGUACCUCCUUUGCCUCUUGAGCGCCUCUAUGGCAAAGGGUUCCGCUCCUGUGCUGUCGUCACUUCAGCUGGUGCCAUCCUCCACUCUGGCCUGGGAAAGGAGAUUGAUUCCCAUGAUGCUGUUCUGAGGUUUAAUUCAGCCCCUACCAAAGGUUAUGAAAGAGAUGUUGGGAAUAAGACUACAAUUCGCAUCAUCAACUCCCAGAUUCUGGCUAAUCCCAACCACCAAUUCAACAGCAGCUCACUGUAUAAGAACGUGACUCUGGUGGCCUGGGAUCCUGCUCCAUACGCUGUCAACCUGCAUAAAUGGUAUAGGAACCCAGACUACAACCUUUUCACUCCUUACAUGAAGUACAGAAAGCAGUUUCCUGCUCAGCCUUUCUAUAUUCUGCAUCCCAAGUUCAUCUGGCAACUAUGGGACAUGAUCCAGGCCAACACACUGGAGAACAUCCAACCCAACCCACCUUCAUCAGGGUUCAUUGGCAUCUUGCUGAUGAUGUGGUUGUGUGAAGAGGUUGACGUCUACGAGUACAUUCCUUCUCUAAGACAGACUGACUUGUGCCACUACCACGAGCGCUACUACGAUGCUGCGUGCACGCUGGGAGCCUAUCACCCUCUGCUCUACGAGAAGAUACUCAUCCAGCGUGUCAAAUCCGGUUCCAACAGCGACCUCUGGGGAAAAGGCAAGGUCACACUCCCUGGCUUUAGGAACAUCCACUGUGACCCCUGAACUCUGAUCCCAGAGGAAAGGUUGCAAUAAUUGGAAAGCAGGUAUUAGUUUGAGGUGUUACCUGCAGGCAGUCCACAGAGACAGACUCUGCUCUUUCGGGCAGUUUUUAGUUGCGUUCUCUGAGCCUUGUGUGAUGUAGAGGUCAUUGGGUAGCAAUAGGUUUGUCAUAGAAAAGCUGUUUUUAGGUAUCUGGUGAUUUUGCUGUAGCUAGCCAUCAUUUGACAAGACUGACAGUGUUUGUGUGCCUGUGAUGGAAUUGAAGAAUAGUCAGAAAACGUGACCAUUAUAGACACACACACACACACACACACGCACACACGCACACAUGUAAAAUAUAAAUUAAUGCGCUUACUAAAAAAUGAAAAACAUUUUUUUUUUGCUGUAAUGAAACCCACUGCUUUACCAGUGAUGAUACCCGAGUAGUAUUUGGUUUCUGUUGUAUUAUAGUUUUCUCAGCUGUUCACAAACGAAAAACGUGGUGCAUGUCUGAAAGUACUGCCUGGUCUGUGCCAUAUAGUGUCUAUAUUGUAAAUGACAUCACUUUUCUCUUGAAUGUUUCAGUUCAUGAAACGAUUGUUGAACGAAAAAAAUACAGGUGAAUGCCAUUUCAUAGCUCACGUCAUACAGCUGAGAAAACAAAACUUCCAAACAAAUCCUUCUUUACUCUAAAGUUACCGUCUUGGUUCGGAAACGUCUGAUGCUGUUAAUAUGUUGAGAGUUUGAUGAGCCAUUCCCUUUUCAAAAGAUCCAAAACCACACUCAUCUGACUGUAUUUAUUGUUUUUUUUUUUUUUAGCCCUUUGGCAAUAUAGCCAAUGAGCAGUGGUUGUAUUAAUAGUGUAAUGUGUUUACCAGCACCGUCUGGUUCUUUUUCUGUAUUUUGUCCAGGAGGUCACAGGUCUUCAUGCGCUCCUUACAGAGUGGUCAAAAGCGAAUGAAAACAAAAUUUCCUUGCAUUGUAUUUUGGAACUUUUUUUUUAAACUGAUUUUUACCUUCACUUUGUGUUUUAUUGAUGUAAAUAGAGUUUUUUUAUAUAUAACAGUAGAAGUAAAGGUGUUACCUUGUUAUGACAUGUACACAUUUGUUUUUCCUUACAUGCCAUUAAUAUGUAAAGGAAACAAAUACUCCGCUUUGUUCAGACUGAAGAAACGUGAACUGAAGUUCUGUAUAGCUCUAAAUUUUGAUGGCAAAACUGGGAAAUGCUGUUUGCGCUCAGGUCUGUGACAGACUCUGAAGCGCACACUCUCUAAUCCAUCUAUUGGUUAAAUAUUUCAUUUAGGAACCUUUGUUGGUAGUCUAAUAUUCAAUUGUGAUAACUACCUACCCGCCCCAUGUUGGGGCAAUGUAAACUGAUAUCGAUUGAUAGGGUGAUGAGUGUUCCUUCUUUUCAGGAUGAUUUCAUCUGUAAUCCUAAAGCAAAUCCUUUCUUUUGCAAUUAGGCUCAUCCUGUCAUGGUUUUUUUAUUGUGUUUUUUUUUUUUUUUUUUUUUUUUUAAAAGAUAAUGUUAGUCUAAACUCUGUGAACUGUGUUUUUGCUCUUUGUCUAUUCCAUCUCUAAAGACGAAUCACAUAUAUCUCUGUCACACACAUCCCAGGCGUCCCUGUUAGAGAGAGGUAUAUUAAUGGUGAUGAGAUUCGAAACUGCAGUAAAGCCCAUAGAAGGUGUUUUUUUUUUUUCCCUCUUAGUCUUGCUGCAGGGAAUAUAUACAGGAGCACACCACUGAACACUUGCUGAAUGUCUAGUAAGCCUUUAAUUACAGUGCAGUCAGCAAGAGAAAAUAAGGGUCACACGCUGCGCCAUGUAUUGUCUAUGCGUUCAGAGCAACACACACAGAGCAACAUUUUUUUUAUACAUAGAUAUAUAAAUUUGCCACUUGAAUCUGUGCUUCCCAAAAUAUUUGAAGUUUGUUACACAGCAAUCUGUUCCAAAUACAGAAAAGAUCAGUUUACAUUCAUCCUCUAAUCUGUGGAAAUCGAUUUUCUCGAUAUGACGGCCUACUUUUUCUUUUCACAAUAAAGCCUUAGCUGUAUCACUCACACUGCAAAGUGGAUAUCGCAUGCUAAUUAGCAGGGCUUGUAUGCUCAUUGUGGUAAAGGUAUUCAUUUGUUAAUGUAACAAUAAUUAAACUGUCUAACUUACUUGCUUAUUUCAACUCUUUAAGUUGUUUUAGGUAUCAGGAAUAGAGGAAGUGGAAUCGAGACAUUUUUUGGUGAGAUGAUCGAUGCACUGUUAUUGGGGUAUUGGCAAUAUUGUGCCAAAUAAGUGUUCAGUGUUUCCUGAUCAGGUUGUUUCGGGCCUCGGUGUGUUUGGGGCUGUAACUUUGGUGCUGUGACUCUGUAUUAUGGACUGGAACUGUGGUGUUGUGAAUUUGUGUGAGAUUUCUUUCUUGCUGGCUCACUUUCUUUAUCCACUGGUCUGCCCUAUCUGUAAAUUAUUUAACAGCCACAAUUUUUGGUUGACUUGUUAGCCAGGACGCUGAAUUUGCAGUGAAAACAUGGACGCAAAAAUACUCUGUGUCUGCUUUAACGACUGCUGGUUGAACUGUGUAUUUUUAAACACAUACCUAAUUUCAGGGGUCCGUAGGUUGUAUUAAAAAAAAAAAAAAGACAAUUAUAAAGUUAUGACUUUAUAUAAAUUGUUUGAAUUGACUGAUUGAUUAAGUGGAUUUUCUACCUGAAUGCUGAGGAUCCUAACAUAGUCACUUUCAUUCUGUUUGUUACUCAGUCUUCAGAAAGUGAGAUUGCAUGCUUAGUGGUGAUUAGCUGCACCGAUUUCGACGACAGCUGUAGGCAGGAAUGCUGCAUUAAUUUGACAGCUGUCUGUUGGGUGCGGUAUCCUCAAAAUAAUGUUGACUUGCUCAUUGUUUCCACUACAAAUCCAAUGUGAAGCCUAAUCCUGAAGGCCAGAACAACACAAGUUAUCACUGUUCAUCUAUUUAUGGUAUUCUCUCUCUCUCUCUCUCUCUCUCUCUCUCUCUCUCUCUCUCUCUUUCUCUCUCUCGCUUCACCUUACCACCACACAGCCUUUUAGUGUGAUCUGAUGUACAUUUUGAAGCCUGAUCAAAGGAGUGUACAUAGUUAUUUCUUUGUUCAGUUGUUGAAGCAAAUUUGAUUAUUUUAAUUGAAUUUGUGUGUUUAUGUUUAGAAUUUUCUAACAUGAAAAUAAACAUGCAUAAGCAA